CAACAUCUCCGCCGUAAAUACUUCGUCACUUUUCGUCCUCCGCCUCCUGGUAUUUCUGGUGAUAUUCCGACUUUUACCAUAACCGCCUUAGAUUUGACUUUUGGAGGAUCCGCUAGUUAUUCAAUUUGGAGGACUCUCUAUCUACCCGACCCGUCCCCAUACGAAUUCCAAUCCUCCUCCCUCCUACACUGGUCCCCUAACUGUUCGAGGCUCUGCACCCCACAACCUUAGGAGUCCACUACGGCACACCCCAUACAACCGAAUCGCCAUCCAGUCCAUCACCGCCAAUCCCACUUCUUCGUCUUACUAUUCGUUCGACACGCCAUAUCGGACUCUAGCUCCUGUCCAACUAAGCCAUUUCAACGGGGUUUGUCUGCUACCUUUUGCCUCUACAAUGUCUUCAGGCGGAGCCAAGAAAGCUCCAGCCAACACCGCACCCAGGUAUCCGGGACAUGGACUCGUCGACCCAUCAAUCUACGACAGGCUCUUUACGGACGAUGAUAAGAAGCCAGUGAAGGACCUGAAGAUCAAGAAACCUGCUCCAAAACAGACAAAACCAGGGAACUGGAAGGAUACUGAAAUCAUUGAACCUGCAAGCAAGAAGUCUGACGCCAGCCGAGCAACCUCCCCUUUCAUAAACCCUCCAGAUGAUCGUACGCUGGCCGCCUUUCCCAAUGGCAGACCUUUGGAUGACACCCCCGACAUCGUCCAAUGCAAACACUGCAAGAAACCCGUCGCCCGACUCUUCGCCCCUGCCCACAUCCGCGACUGCCUAAAAAAGAAGCAAGAAAAACAGCAACGGAAGAAGGAAGCCAAGGAAGCCAAGGACGCCGCGGCCCGCAAGGAGAAAGGCGAAGACGACGAUGCCGGUGAGAAAGGGAAAGGCGCCCGGAAAAGCGCGGUCAAGGCCAAUGCUGACGAAUCUGGAGCGAAGAAGGGGAAGAAGCGGAAGGCGGACGGGGAUGCCGACAAGGGGCCCAACUCCAAGAAGAAGAAAAAGGACGAGCCCAAGGCCAAGGUGCCGAAGCCGAAGCAGCCUGUCGAUGUCGAAAAGCAGUGCGGCGUUAUCCUGCCCAACGGUGCGCAGUGUGCGAGGAGUCUCACGUGUAAGAGCCAUUCGAUGGGUGCCAAGCGGGGCGUGACGGGUCGGAGCAUGCCGUAUGAUAUGCUUCUCGCCCAAUACCAGAAGAAGAACCAGGCCAAGCAGCAACGGGCCGCGAUGGAUGCCAACGCCCCUCUCGCCGACGAGUUCGACAACCAAGGCCCCGUCGACUCCGACGAAGAGAAGGAAGCCGUCCUCAACGCCUUCCGCCGCGCCCACCCCCGUCCGAUCUACCAACCCGCCAUCGUCGACAUGAAGCGGAAAUAUCAAUACAACCGCGUCAAAGAAAUGCUGAUCAACGCCCUGGGUGGCGCGCGAGGGUCCACGCUCUUCAACACGGCCCGGGACGACGAAAACGACGGGGGACAGGCGGGUGUGAAUGAAGCAGCGUCGGGCACGGGGAGUGUUUAUGAUAGCCAGUCGCGGCGGCCGAGCGUGGGGAUGAGCUCGGGAGGAGGGGCGUCGAGGCAGAUUGCACCUCAGCCGUUGGCUCCAAGGAAGGCAAGUGUGUCCGGUGCGGUGGGUUCACAUGUCUAGUGGGCGGGCUGGGGAGUUAUUUGCGGUUAUACCAGGAUAAACAGACUGGUAUGCCGAUAGGAUUUCAGCGAGGGGAGAAGAGGAAGCUGCCCAUUAUUGGAUUGAGAUACCCCCUCGACAAACAAUGUCGAGACCUUCAGAUCCGGUCUGGAAGGAGUUGCUACCACGGAGAGCAAUAUAGCAAAAUACAAUACAACCACUAUUGACACCGCU